AAAUACUUUGUUUUGAAAACAAGUAAAUGUCGCAAUCCAAAUAAUAUGGACCCAACCGAAACAACGUUCUUCUUCUCACCGUUUCGGAAUCAAUCCACUGCUCUCUGAAUCGAUCACACUCUCUUCUUCUUCUUCACCAGCAAAACCAUAAUUCCUCUCUCCGAAUCCACGCGCGAUCGGAUCCUCGUCGCGUUUUCAAAUUCAAAUUUUCCCGGCGAUCCGAUUGAUCUCUCUCGCUCGCUCGCUGUUUCCUCCGAUCAGCAUUGCUCGAUCGUGGCACGAAACUUCGGCGAUUCAGCGUUUGCAUCUGCGUUUCCGUUUCAAUGCUCGCAGCGAGAGUGAGGAUUCACAUUGUUAUGGUCGGAAAGCUAGGGUUAACGCCAACGGAGUUCACAAUAUAGCGUCGUUUUAGAAUCUGCGCGUGACUCACGAUUUCGGACAUGGGAAGCUCGUGGUUGAAGAAACAGUCCUUCGUCAUCGGCCCUAAGCCGCCACUGAGCUGGUUGAUCCUGUGCUUGAUAAGCCUCCUCGCUCUGAUAGCAGUUUUGAGUUCUUCUUCGUCCUCGUCCUUGAACACCGCCGUUGGUUCUUCGCCUCGCACCACCACCGCGGAAUCGCUAAUCUACACGAGCUACAGGAGGAUAAAGGAGCAGGCGGCGGUGGGCUACUUGGAGCUGAGGACCUUGUCGAGCGGUGGCGGCGGCGCGCGGCAGAAGGAGGUCGGGCUUUGCGGCAAGGAGAGGGAGAAUUUCGUGCCGUGUCACAACGUGUCUGCGAAUUUGGUUGCUGGGUUUAAAGAGGGCGAGGAGUUUGAUCGGCAUUGCGAGGUGUAUAAAGGAACAGAGAAGUGUUUGGUUCGGCCUCCGAAGGAUUACAAGGCUCCCUUACAGUGGCCGUCUGGGAGAGACGUUAUAUGGAGUGGAAAUGUGAAGAUCACCAAAGAUCAGUUUCUUUCGUCUGGAAGUAUGACCAAAAGGUUGAUGCUACUAGAAGAGAACCAAAUUGCCUUUCAUGCAGAGGAUGGUAUGAUCUUCAACAGCGUGAAAGAUUAUACUCGCCAACUUGCGGAGAUGAUAGGGUUAGGAAGUGACACUGAGCUUCCCCAAGCUGGUAUUCGAAAUAUACUAGAUAUUAAUUGUGGAUUUGGUAGCUUUGGAGCUCAUUUAUUGUCACUGAAAAUAAUGGCGGUCUGUAUUGCGGCAUAUGAAGCAACUGGUAGCCAGGUUCAAUUGUCUCUUGAGAGAGGUCUUCCUGCUAUGAUUGGCAACUUCAUCUCAAGACAGCUUCCAUAUCCAUCAUUAUCUUAUGACAUGGUUCACUGUGCUCAGUGCGGCAUUAUGUGGGUUGAAAAAAAUGGGAUGUUCCUUAUAGAAGUGGACCGUGUUCUUAAACCUGGAGGAUAUUUUGUUUUAACCUCACCUACAAGCAGGCCACAGGGUUCAUCACGGGAGAAAAAAAGGAUCAUGGCAAACCCAAUGGAAGGGCUGACCCAGCAACUCUGCUGGACUCUUUUAGCUCAGCAAGAUGAAACUUUCAUCUGGCAGAAGACUGCUGAUAUUGAUUGUUAUGCAUCUCGCAAGCAGCGUACUAUACAAGUGUGUAAAGGAGACGAUACUCAGUCAUACUAUCGGCCUCUUCUGCCAUGUAUAAGUGGGACCUCUAGCAAGCGCUGGAUUGCAAUACAGAACAGAUCUUCUGAAUCUGAAUUGAGUUCAGCUGGACUUAAAAUUCAUGGAGUUCAGCCUGAAGAAUUUUAUGAAGACUUCCAAUAUUGGAGAUCAGCUGUUAACAAUUAUUGGUCAUUACUUACACCACUAAUUUUCUCUGACCAUCCGAAGAGACCUGGAGAUGAAGAUCCAUUGCCUCCAUAUAACAUGAUCCGGAAUGUUAUGGACAUGAGUGCUAAUUUUGGGGGUUUGAAUGCUGCCCUGCUGGAGGAGAAAAAGUCAGUGUGGGUCAUGAAUGUUGUUCCUGCAAGGGCUUCUAAUGCACUUCCUCUUAUACUAGAUAGAGGUUUUGCUGGUGUCAUGCAUGACUGGUGUGAACCUUUCCCCACCUACCCCAGAACAUAUGAUAUGCUUCAUGCAUAUGGACUUAUCUCACAUCUCUCCUCAGAGAGGUGCAGCAUGGUAGACUUAUUCUUGGAGAUGGAUAGAAUACUGCGUCCAGAGGGAUGGGUCAUUCUUUCUGAUACAAUGGGAGCUAUCGAGAUGGCUCGCAUGUUUGCAACACAGGUACGUUGGGAUGCAAGGAUAGUUGAUCUUCAGAAUGGCAGUGACCAGAGGCUACUUGUUUGCCAGAAACCAUUUGUGAAAAAAUAAUUGAUGGAGCUCAAGUAUAUCUCACCAUGACAAAUGAACCCAAUUUUUUUUCUCUGAGAAUGGAUUGUUUAGUUGGCACAUCUUUGUAUAUACAAUGCUCAGAGCCUUGACGUUUUCAAUCUUGUCCACAACCGGGUCAGACGAUUGAGAAAGCUGUAGAUUGCGAAGGUUCAUGUUGAAUUUAGUUACAGUUUAUUUUUUUGGUCUAAGUUUGUAGUCAUUCAUUUUUCUAAUAUCUUGUUAGCAUUCUUUUUUUUUUUUAUUUUUUUUACUUCAAUAUGUCUUUAUCGAUCAUUGGACUUCUAUCACUUCUGUUGAACAAUCACAAAUUUUUUAGAAAGAAUCUGAAUGAUCAUGUAAUUCAAGAAUGAAGUGGAGAUAGGUACCUAACUUUCCCCUCGUCUGGAUA